CGCCGCGGUCGGGGCCGGCUUUCCGCAGGGGCGGCCGGGACCGCCGGGGGUGCGCGGGCGCUGGCCGUGCCAUGCAGUACCAGCCGCCAGGCGCGGCGCCGGCGGCCCUGGGCGUCGGCGUCCCACUGUACGCGCCCACACCGCUGCUUCAGCCCGCGCACCCCACGCCCUUCUACAUCGAGGACAUCCUGGGCCGCGGUCCCGCCACCGCCCCAGCCCCUCACUCCUUACCCGCCCCGCCGCCGCCGACGCUGCCGUCUCCCAACUCCUCCUUCACCAGCCUAGUGUCCCCGUACCGGACCCCCAUCUACGAGCCGACCCCCAUCCACCCGGCCUUCUCCCACCAUCUCGCUGCCACCUACGGCACUGGCGCCUACGCUGGGUCCCUCUACUCCUUCCCCCGCGCCGUCGGCGACUACGCACACGCUCUGAUCCGACAGGACCCCCUGGGGAAGCCGCUGCUGUGGAGUCCCUUCAUCCAGCGGCCACUGCACAAGAGGAAAGGGGGACAGGUCCGCUUCUCCAACGACCAGACCAUCGAACUCGAGAAGAAGUUCGAGACACAGAAAUACCUCUCCCCACCAGAGAGAAAGCGCCUGGCCAAGAUGCUGCAGCUCAGUGAGAGGCAGGUCAAAACAUGGUUUCAGAAUCGCAGAGCCAAAUGGAGGCGUCUAAAACAGGAGAAUCCCCAGGCCACCAAAAAAGAAGAAGUGGAAGGUGCUGACAGUCACAGUGACCAAAGACCGGAGAGCUGCCCGACCCCUGAGCAGAAGGAUAAAGAGGUCUCCCUGGAUGGUUCGCAGUACACCCCCUCACCAGCCUCACAGGAGGAUCUGGAUUCAGACGUCUCUGAGGACUCUGAUCAAGAAGUGGACAUUGAAGGCGAUAAAGGCUAUUACAACCCUACCCACUAACGGCCCCAUGCAGAAUGUGGACACUGACUCAUCUUGCACUUCACCAGGGGCUCAUUUGGAAGAACAUUAUGCUACAGGAGAAAACUUUUAUCAUUUCACUGAAAGAAAAUAACACAAAACAGACUUGGUUUAUAAUAAAGAGAGAAAAAAAUAUAUAUUUUCCACAAAGUGUCAUUUUUGGGCAGAUCUCUAAUUUGAUUAAAGGAACAUGGUUUGUAUUUAAUUACUUGUAAGAUAUAUUUGUACAUUAACUGAUGUUCUAACUGAAAUAUAAUACUAUACCCUGUUCUUGCUCACAGGGGGUCUGAAUGAGCUGCUGUUGAUGAUCAGGCAAAACUCCUCUCUAGCUAGUAUGGAAGUGAAUAUGGAUUGCAGGACUAAACCCUUUGUAUGUAUGAAAAAAUAUAGUUAAUUGAAAUGUCCUUAGCAAGCGGAGAAGCAUGUUCUGUGAAACAAGGAUGGAUUUGACCAUCCUGUCAAGUGCCUUAUGCUCACACUGUUUUACCUGCUGUGGUGCUUUCCACCAAUGUAUCCCUCCAAUCAUCAGGUAGAGUCUUUGGACAGAUUCAUUUUCCUUUUCGUGUUAAAUGAAAUGUGCCUUCUUAGAUUUUGUAGCACUUUGUCCCAUAAUCUGGAUUGUUCCAUUUGCAGGGAAAAAAAAAAAGGUGUGUUUUUCUCCUUGAAAACCUCUAGUACUGUUUUUUACAGAUUUUAUAUUGAAGAAGAAAAUGUGGAGCAUGAUAGAGCUCUGCUGUAGGAGAAAAACUAGCAUCAGUUGUGGUGGAUAAGGGAGGCACACAGCCAUGGGAAGAUAAUGCCCAUUGUACACUUAUAUGCUUCUGUACAUAUUAGUUUUCUUUAAAAGUCAUGGUUUUAUACCUCGCAUUGUUCAUACUUUGUACAUAGUUGUUCAAUGUUAAGACAAAAAAAAAAAAAAAAAGGCAAAACCUGGUAUUUAAUUUUUGAUGGACUUGUCUGUGAAAUAAAACUAAACUCUACACCCUC